CCGGCAAACUACCGGCGGCAAAUCAAUAAGGGUCCCAGACGGGCCUGGAUCUGCGGAUGUGCUUUCUGCCAUCCCAUUGAGGACCGCAACCGGUCCCUCUGAAGGCCGUUCGGGCCGCCAAGAUAAUUCUCCCCGCUGGCCGGACGGGGCACAAUAUGCCCGGGCCAUGCUGAAAGCCGUCCCCAGGGACGAGAAGGAGGCGAUCCCUGGGAUCAACUCCUUUAAUGUCGACCGGGUGCUGGUCGACCUGGCCGACGUAUGCUCCAACAACCAUGCGGUAAUUUUCUUGACGUGCAUUUUUAAGUAUGCAGUAUUAACCGGCUGUAUUUUUGCAGGCUAUGCUGCGCGUAGAGGGGCUCAAACGAGCUUAUACCCGCAAGUCUGAGGAGGCGGAGAAGACCAAAGCCCUCCAACAGCAGAUUGAUCAGCUGAAAAACCAAGUUGACCAACUGCAGGCGUCCCUGGAUGAUGCCAAUAAAAAGUUGGAGGAACAGACUGAGCCCCUCCAACGGCUGAGCAAGGCGGAGACUGAAAAUGGCCGCCUUGCCAAAGAGAAUGAGCGCCUGCGCAAAGAGGCGGCUGCUGCCAAUGAGAACUUCAAGGCCACCUUGGAGUCGGAGCAGGAGAGGCUCAUUGAAGAGAAUGAGCAUGACUGUGCAAACCGGAUGCAACGGGCGUUUUCCCUCAUCCACCCGGAGGCGGACUUCACCGUCUGGGAACUCGCCUUCAAAUAUUCUGAUCUUGCCAUUCUGGCCGAGGAGGCGAACGAGCCGGGGCCCGGACCCUAUGACGCUUGGGUUAGGGAGGAGAUUGCGCGACGGCAGGCGGAGGCUGCUGAAGAGGAAGAAGUCGUUCCUGAAGCCGACGCAGCCGCUCACCCUGAUCCAACCCAGAACCAACCGGAAUAGGACCGGCUCACUGUUCGCCUGGAGUAGCAACUACUUCCCGGCCUGCGAGCCUAGCAUUAUCUUGUAAUAGCGCCGGAUGAGAUGGGCUAAGCUGUAAUAAUUUUUAUUUUGAAUAUAAACAUUUUCACCGGCUGAGCCGGCUUUUGAAUGCUUUUUAUGUUUCUGCACUCCAAUAUUAGAAUUCUUGUUAUUUUUUAUACAUAUUUCUGCGAGGAUAACCAAAAGAAC